GUACCCUCCAGGUGAGAUGCAAGACACGUGGAGAGGAGGGAACCACUAGAUCAGGUUAAAGUGGGGAGGAAAAAAAACAAACCCAGAAGCAUCAUUGAUUGACUGGGUAGAUUUUCCAACAUGAAUCGUGCUUUUAGCAGGAAGAAAGACAAAACAUGGAUGCACACUCCUGAAGCCUUAUCAAAGCAUUAUAUUCCCUAUAAUGCAAAGUUUCUAGGCAGUACGGAAGUGGAGCAGCCCAAAGGCACAGAAGUUGUAAGAGAUGCUGUUAGAAAAUUAAAGUUUGCAAGGCAUAUCAAGAAAUCUGAAGGCCAAAAGACACCCAAAGUUGAGUUACAAAUCUCAAUUUAUGGUGUAAAAAUUCUCGAUCCUAAAACAAAGGAGGUCCAGCACAACUGUCAGCUCCACAGGAUAUCCUUUUGUGCUGAUGACAAAACUGACAAGAGAAUAUUUACUUUCAUAUGCAAAGACUCAGAAUCAAAUAAGCACCUGUGCUAUGUGUUUGACAGUGAAAAGUGUGCAGAAGAGAUAACUUUAACAAUUGGUCAAGCAUUUGACUUAGCUUACAGGAAAUUUCUGGAAUCCGGAGGAAAAGAUGUUGAAACACGGAAACAAAUUGCAGGUUUACAGAAAAGAAUUCAAGAAUUAGAAACCGAAAAUGCAGAACUGAAAAAUAAAGUUCAAGAUUUGGAAAACCAGUUAAGAAUAACACAAGUACACGCAUCUCCAGCAGGCAGUGUGACACCUAAAUCACCCUCCACUGACAUCUUUGAUAUGGUUCCCUUUUCUCCCAUAUCCCCUCAAUCAUCAACACCUACUCGCAAUGGUACACAGCCUCCUCCAGUACCCAGUAGAUCUACAGAGAUCAAGAGAGACCUUUUUGGAGCAGAACCUUUUGACCCUUUUAGCUGUGGAGCAGGAGAUUUCCCUCCAGACAUUCAGUCCAAACUAGAUGAGAUGCAGGAGGGGUUCAAAAUGGGAUUAACUCUUGAAGGCACAGUAUUUUGUCUUGACCCACUAGACAGCAGGUGCUGAUGCCAAGAAAGUCAAUAUGAAAUUCCUCUGCAGUGGGUUUUUUUUUAUUUCUGACCAUGUACUCACCGAUACUAUCCAUGUGCCAAAAAUUGCUUUUUUCAACAUGUAAACUCUUGUGAGGCUUGCUUCUGUAAAAAUCCAACUUCCUUCCAGUCUUUCCCUGUAUAAAUGUAAAAAGUUGUAUUUGUUUAUGAAUUAUGGAUUAAAUUACGCUGUUGUGUUUCUUUCUGUCACAUUUUGGCCCAAGUUUAUUAUGCUUUAUGAGUAUUAGCUUGGAGAAGUUCUUCAGAAAGGUCACACAUACCUCUCUCUCUCUCUCUCUCUCUCUCUCUGUCUUUCUCUGCAAAUGUGCAGGCAUGAAUUCUACAUAAUGCUUUACCUGGCAGCAUUUUGAAAUUAUGCUUUUAAGGCAUUAUUUAAUAUUCAAGCAGGAAAAUUAUUAAUAUCUACUACAAAAAAAUCAAUUUGCAGUGAAAAAAGCGUAAAAUACUAACCAUUGCUAUAUGCUUCAAAAGUAAAUCUGGAUGCAGUGUGAUUGAUUUCCAUCACUCUGUGUGGUUUCUAUCCUGUACAUAUGUUGUCAUUGGUUCAUACAAUCCAGAUUUUAGGUCCUUCAUUCAUGUUUUAGAAACUAACAUGUUGAUAGUCUGCUAAUUAGUGCUUAAUGAGCCUAGAAGAACUGCUAAAUUGCAGAAUGGCAAAGCAACUGCCCUUUGUUUUGAUAUUUUAUAGCUGAAGUGUAAAGUAUGUACCUUGGAAUCCAUUACAUGCUGGCCAUAACUUAAAAGGAAGAUUAUGGUUUUGCAUUUAUUUAGGAAUUUAUGUAAUUUUGUGUAUAAGCAGGUGCUGGGCUCAGUUCUGUAAUUACUUUCAACACCUGAGUGUUCACAGCCAGGCUCUGUUGAGUAUAAUUCUUUUACUCUCUUCUUCAGUGUUCCAUGUCUUUAAUUUUGAGGCUUUCUGCAAAGAACUGACUGUGAGUAAGUCCUUUGUGCCCACUGGUUGUUCAUGUUACAGAAACACCUGCAUACCAAAAUUCUCAGCUGCUGGUGAAAUUAAUGCUGACAUGUCUAUGCAUACUCUUCAUUAAUCUUUCUCAUAAGCAAUAAAACACCAUCUUGAACCUAUCUCAGAAUUUUCUCUUCAAAACAUACAGAUGUGGAACCCUCACCCCCAAAUUUUCAGAUUUUUUUUUUUUUAAUGAGAGAUCUUUUGGUGAUACUUAUGGUUUUAUCUUUACCAGUCACAGUUUACACCAAAACCACAUUUUUUUCAAUUUCAUCACGUGCAUUUUCAUGCCUUGUUCAACAAAGUACUUGUGCAUGUACCUUUGGAGGCCACUAAAAGAAUGGGAUUAUUCCUUUGUGGGGUUUGACACAUCCUCAGGUACCUUGCUGAACUGGGGCCUUAACAUCCUACAUUACAUUUGGCUUCCCCUCUAAUUCUGAGUUUCAUCAUUCAUAUAGAGUAUUAUAGAGAAAUAUAUAUAAAAAAAUAUAUGAAAUCACUAACAAAUAGAAUAGUAUAUGUUUCAUAAAGAAAAGUCUUUAUAAUUUUGUUUGUCAUAUAGUAUUUUCGAAUUUGUAUAAUGAGGAUGUUUAGUAGCCAUAGCAAUGGCCUUUUUUAACAAAUAGAAUUUGUAUUUUUAUUGUACUUUAAAAAGCUUUACAUAAUAAGCAUCUAUUUAGUGGUCAUUUAUUAUCAACGGUAACACUAAGAUAAUAUUUGCACAUUUUAAGAAACCUUUUUCGUUACUGAUUUUUAUGAUAGUUGACUGCAAAUGGCAUGGUUAAAUCUUAUAUACCUGGUCAAUACGUACAAAAAUACUUAAAUCAACACAACAGUGCAUUUUUAAUUUUUAUGUGAUCCAAUUGGAAACUGUAUUUCUAUGUAAUCUCAAAUGUCUGUUUAAUUUUGCCUAAAAUAAAUGUUUUUAAAUAAAUUGCAUCCUAGAA